UUGUCGCAUUAGACGAUCUUCGGUUAUGAUGAUGUUUCACUCGGAUUUUCAGCUUUUUACUACGAUGUAAGAAUCUGUAACGAGACAGCAACUGGACAUCAUGUUUUGGACACUACAGGAGGCGAAUGAUGAAAUGUGUUGGUGCAUCAUCCUUCGAAUCAGCUGAGGGAGAUAUGAGAACUCCAAGGACACCACUUUCUCCUGUAAAACGUGACAGCUUGAUAUAAGCCAAGUAUCCAGUCUGAGGUCUAAAGGUGACAUUUCAUCCUCAGAGCUUUUGAGAAUAAGGAGGUGGAAACUGUGUCUGCAGUGUUAUAUCAAACUCUGACUGGUAGUUUGAGCGGGAACCACUUUUCCUCAGGAGAAAAACCACAUGUGCCUGCCUGUCUGAGCCUCACGCGAAGGCUUUUAACUCUGCGACCGCCCCUCGACCACAGGCACUCAGCCCAAGUGUUGUGCUGCUGUCACUGCAUCUGUGGCGGCAGUUAUGUUUACUGUUGGUCAGGAUUUAUCAAGAACUUGUAGUCAAUCUACAGUGACCAACAGAAAUUUUACAACUCCGUUCCACUGGAGCUGACAACUCAAAUAACUCUUACAGAGGAACGACUCGCUGAGAGGGGAGCAACCAGGACAAGCACAAAACCUUUCUGCACCUCAGGCUUUGUUCUGACUCUUAAUUCCUCUCCGGCCUGUCAGUCUCCACACGAGGCCUCUGCGCUUUAACCUUCAGAAAUAACCACAGCGUUGUUGAGCGGUGCCAUGCCCACCAACCAGUCCUCCCCCUGGGGUGGGCCGAAGCUUCGGACUUGCUCCAGCGCAGAUAGUCCCACCACUACAACCUCCGUCAGUACACACGCCAAGACAGUUGUGGCCACUAAAGUGCCUUUUAGUUUGACUUCCCUAGAGCUAUCCAGGAGAAAGGAUCCAGCCAAAACUCUCGCCUCUAAUGUUGCCUCAUCUGCUUCCCCCCUGAGGCAGACAACAGUGGCCCCAUCUGUGGUUUCUGUAGGCGAGAACGGGGAUGGAAAUAAAACCAACACCCAGAGCCGAUUCACCGCUGUGCCAGAUGGGUCUUCAAACCUGCCACAACAACUUAAUGGGAUGCAAAAUACAAACCAGGUAUUGGCAGCAGGACUGAAGCAGGCUGGUAGCAGCCUCAUGGACACCAGUACCCCUUCCUUUGUCCCUAAAAUGGAACGCCAGAUUGAGUUUAAUGUCCAGCUGACCGGUACCAUGCAGGAAUGCAUGUCGCUGAAAACCUCGCAAUCUGGAAAUGGUUUAGCAAUGAGCAGAUGUCAAGCUGCCAGGGGUGAUGUGCCGCUGGGAUUGGAGCCACUUUGUCAUCAAGACUUGUUCAUCAAAGGACAGCCCACUCUGCAGCAAACGCACAAGCUGAUGCCUGAAGCUGCAGACUGUUCCUCCUCGCCGUCAGUGCCUCCUCAAUGCCUUAGUCCUUGUGAACGUCAGGGGGCAGCAAUGGCAAAGGAUGCCUCCAGCCUGGACUGCACAAAAGUAGAAAUAAGAAGCACAACAAGGGAAACUUCAGCUACAAGGAGGAGUAAUUCCGCUGAUCAUGCAACAAAAUGCAGUCGGAGACAAAACAGUUGCACAGAACCAUCUGCUUUAAACAAUCAACUGGUGGUCAGAGGUGUUUCUCCAGCAACGACAAACAGCAAAGCCCAAACCAUAGCACCAGUAGACUUAAAGCAGGCUCCAGAAAGUCAGCGUGCACCGGGAGCCACCUUGUCAACAUGCAGAGGAAUCAGUCCUCCAACAAACGGUCCCUUUCCAAAUGGCUCCAUGCCAAAUGUGCUCAUUGCCAAUGUCAGUGCCACUCAGGAGAAGCAAGACUCACCACAGGAUGCCAUCGCAGCUGUGGCCUCCAGUCCUGCUGGAGCCUUGGUUGGCUCCGUGACCACUCAGAUCUCCGGCAUCCACCUGACCAGGCACGGACAGCCUGUCUCCAUGUCAGCUUCCCCUCCAUUUGCCUCUUCUCCCUCGCCAACAGAGGAGUGUGUAGUUGGAGAGACUCAGCUGUCUGGUCAGGAUUGUGUUAUGCAGGUGGAUGGAGUAGAGGAGGAGCUGCCUGAUGAACUGGAAAAUGCCUGUAGUGAUGAUGAUGAUUCAGACUGUUCAUCCAUCAAUGGCACCUCAUCCACAGCAUCCAUCGGCAUCCUCUCUAGUGUUGAGGAGCCGAUGUCUUUGGGGGCAGAAGAUGAUAGAGAGGAGAGACCAGCUUUGGUUCCCAGUUUGUUUCCCCUCAUCCCUCCAACACUCUACUUCAGCACCGCCAAUGAGAAAGUGGAGAUGCUGCCUGUUGAACAAAGACGACUGUUAAAAUGGAAGAUUAGCACCGUCACUCCAAAUAUCGUCAAACAUACCAUCGGCAGGUCACACUUCAAGGCCACCAAAAAAAGCCAUGACUGGUUGGGCUGUUGGGGUCACCACAUGAAGUCUCCAGGCUUCAAGGCCCUUGGGGAGCACCAGAAGUUGAACCACUUCCCGGGAACAUUUCAAAUCGGCAGAAAGGACCGGCUGUGGAGGAACUUAUCCAAGAUGCAGGUUCGCUUUGGCAAACAAGAGUUCAGCUUUUUCCCCCGCACCUUCGUCCUUCCUCAGGACAUCAAGCUGCUACGCAAGGCCUGGGAGGACGGUGGCUCCAGGCAGAAAUGGAUCAUCAAACCUCCUGCGUCAGCCAGAGGAAUAGGUAUCCAGGUCAUUCACAAAUGGAGCCAGAUGCCCCGCAAGAGACCACUGCUGGUCCAGAAGUACCUUCACAAGCCCUACCUCAUCAGUGGUAACAAGUUUGACCUGCGGAUCUACGUCUAUGUGACCUCCUACGAGCCACUCAGAAUUUAUAUCUUCUCUGACGGACUGGUUCGAUUCGCCAGCUGCAAGUAUUCGUCUUCCAUGAAGACUCUGGGUAACAAGUUCAUGCAUCUCACCAACUAUAGCGUCAACAAGAAGAACUCUGAAUACCAGUCUAACAGCGACGACAAGGCCUGCCAGGGACACAAAUGGGCUCUGAAGGCCUUGUGGCAGUAUCUUGGUUCUAAGGGAGUCAACACCACCCUCAUCUGGGAGAAGAUUAAAGACAUUGUGAUCAAAACCAUCAUUGCGUCAGAGCCGUACGUUAACAGCCUGCUGAAGAUGCACGUUCGGACACCUUACAGCUGCCACGAGCUGUUUGGCUUUGACAUCAUGCUGGAUGAGAAGCUCAAACCCUGGAUCCUGGAGGUCAACAUAUCGCCAAGCCUCCACUCCAACACAGCGCUGGAUGUUUCAGUCAAAGGUCAGAUGAUCAGAGACCUCCUGAACUUGGCUGGCUUCCAUAUUCCCCAAAAAGAUGAUGUGGUCGCCUCCUGCAGCAGCACCUCCAGCUCCACCAGCAGUUUGUGUGGGGGGAACAGGGAAAGGACCAAGCCAGAUCUGUCUGCUGAUGAGAAGGUCAAACGGGCCUUUUACCUCACACAGCGCUACGCCGACCAGGACUUCCUCUCUUCAGUGUUGGACAUCUUGACUCCAGAGGACGUCCGCGUGCUGGCAGAGAGCGAAGACGAGCUGAGUCGUAAAGGACAGUUUGAGCGUAUUUUUCCAUCAGCGUCGUCAUCCCGCUACCUUCGCUUCUUUGAGUGUCCGAGAUACAUCAACAUCCUGCUGGACCAGUGGGAGCAGAAGCACUGGAACAACAGGACAAAAGGUAUCAGUCUGCUGACGACACUCUGUGAGAAAGGAGUCCAUCUUGGAACCAGUGACCCUGCUCAUAUGUGGUCUAAGUGUAGCUACAUCUCUAGGUAUGAAUCCCACAGCCAAGACCCUGUCGGCCCCAUCAAAUCCAGGGUGAUAGUCACCCAUCAGCACCGCUCCCAUCAGGAAGACGAUGACGACAGUUCAGACCGGGAGGCUGCUUCCGUCUCCAGCCUGCCUGUUUCACCAAGUCCUGGAUCCAGUGUCACCAGCAGUGCCUGUGCAAGUCCUCAGCCCAGCCUCACCCAGAGCCUGCUGCCGCAUCAGUUCGCCUCGCUCUGAGACUCGGUUUGAUAACACCAUCAGUACCCAGAACAGACACAAAGCUCAGGGUGUAGGACUUAGCACUCACCUCUUUUCAAACACCGCUCUAUUGAUCUUUCUAGUCUAACAGCUCUGAAACUCUGAAUGAGAAAUGUUCUUAGAUCUGUAAGCUCGAGCUAGCACUGCAGAAGGGAGUGGUCUUUAACAGAAGUGUUGUUGGCUCUCAAAAGGUAGUACUACAGUAACUAUACACCAGUUGGAUUUUAUGCAGAAAAUAGUGGCACUUUUUGACUGUACACUGUUUAAAUACUAAAACCAGUUCAUAGUGGCAAAUCCUCUCUAGUCUUGAGGUUAACUUCCAUUACUUCUUCACGUUUUAUCCAGUUUAAAUGCCAGCGAUUGUCCAACUGUGGAUAAAAUGUAUCCUGAGCAGUCGGUGAUUUCCAAUAAUUCUAUCAGUAUUAAAAUCAUCCUGCAGAAGCAUGAAACAUGCUGGAGAUACAUCAACAAUCAUAGUCAACUUCAUGUUCGUCAGAUCUACAUUGUGGCUUAACCAGCCAAAGAUGGUGCAACUUUGAUGACAACAGAGGCAAACAUAAGCGGUGUGACAGUUUCAGCACUACGACAGUGUAUUCCUUUUAUCUUAUGACAUUCUUAGCAUGUGAGCAUGAUCAUCAAGUCCAAGUGCAAACUGAUAUUAGCACUGCAUGAAAAAAAAAUACACUGCAUUGACACAGAGGAGAAACAUACGCAGAAUAAGUUAAACCUUGGUCAACUUUGCUUUCAUGCAGCAGCGUGGGGCAAUGCAUCGGCCAAUCAUGUUUGAUCUAGCUGCACGCCUGAUAGAUACAAGGCAUGUCACAAUACCAGAAGUAUUUUACUAAUACCAGUAGAAUUACAUGAUUCUCAAUACCUAAUUUGAUGCCACAGUAGAAAACAGAAAUAAACCAGUAAAGCCCAUGCACUUAAACCUACACUUCUGAAUUAAAAAAUAUUUAAAUUAAAUUUAAAUUUUAAGUAUUAAUCCCUGAUGAGCUGCCUCAAAUGCAGAGUACUAUGUCUAUGUGGGUUCAUUAGUUUUUGUGGGUGAGAAAACGUAUAUUAAUAUAUAACCAACAGUAUAUUCACAUAUUUCUCCUCUGUUGUUGUUGUUGUUGUUCAGCACAAUGUCCCGCCCCUCCUCAAUUGUGAUUGGAGGGCUGAUGAAAAGUGACAGUGCAGCGUUUUACAAAAAAAUUAACAAUUUUCAACUUUCUGCGGGAAAAAGCCACCAGACGUGCAGCACUCAGCGCAGAAGAGACGCUCAGUGCCUCGUCACGCUGCUGUUGUUUGUAGUGGAGUGAAAAUAUGCGGCGUUGAGAAGAAUAAAAAAUAAAAUACGCUGGCCUCAGUUAAAAACAUUUCUUGUCGAUGAGUAGAGGCAAAGCUGUCGCUGCAGCUGCACUUGGAGUUGUCUUCAACAUGUUAUUUUUGUUCUUCUGUGCUGGUGGAUGUUCUUCUUAUUCCUUGUGCAUUUAAGAGCAGCACUUACAGGCGUAUAUGUCCUUGUCAGGUCCAGAAGAAUUGCAUCACCAGUACCUACAAUACUUGAGAAAAGCCAGUACCAUAACAUUUUCAAAAUGUUGGCACUGACUUGGCACUAAAGUAUCAGUUCUCCUGACAUCCCUAGUAGAUGCUUAAAUCCGUUUUUUACUUUAUUAUGGUCCUUUCACAGGAUUAAAUGUUUGUUGAUGUGAUAACUUUUCAGAGUUGUCUUUGCAGUAGGUAGGCAUUAAAAUCAAUGGAUGUAGAUGUAAGCCCUGUCUGCACGGGACAAGUGUCACGUGUGGACCUCCUGUAGUGGGAGGGGGUCUGUGAUUUCAAAUCUGUGCGAACUGGCCAUGUCCGCAAUUUGUUAAUUUAGAAUUCUAGGGCAAAUGACUUACUGUAUUUCGGCAAACAGAGAGGUCAUGGGAUAAUAUUAGUCCCGUGCAAAUCAGCAUCUCUGUGAUUUUGGGAUGUUGUUUUUUUUCUGCUCUGGGGAAUAAUGUCAGCAAAUUUGAGUAAAAACACAGAUGUGUGUGGAGGGGGAGGUUAGGGGGGUAUUUUCGAAAUACAUAAGAUCCCCAGGUAAUACUAGUCCCGUGCGAAUGGGGCUUUAGACUAAAUGGUACUUUUAUCUUCUCACUGGCAUCCGUGUUUGUGUUUUUUUAUAACGCGGUGCCAUUUUCAGUAAAUCCCAGCUAAGAGCAAGAAUCCCAUCUGCCUACAUGUGUCGAUCCUCACUGGCAUUUAGUUCUAAACUUAAACUGUGAAUGAGACACACUGGUCUUCCUCACAAACACAAAGCAACAUGUGGAUGCUAGGUCGUUUUAUGUGCUCACAUUAGCAAGAACAAAGCAGAAUCCAGCGGCCCAGAGUUUAGGUGAUGAAUAAUGACACAAUAAUUCUGAAAUGUCUUAAAGCUUAGACUGUUGUUGGGUUAAUGUUAAAAGGACACUUGAGCAACUGAUCGCACAAGUUUCACAUUCCCAGCCUUAUGGACUCAAACUUUGAGUGAGAGUAGAGAGACGAAGAAAAAAGGGCUCAAAUGACGGGAGGGAGACGGAGCUUACCAGACUGUGUGUGGUGUGUUGAGAUCUCUGAUGCGUAUUUCAAACAUCUUUUAAAUACUUGAUUUGAUUUUUUUUCCACUGGUUGAUAGUGAUACAGGUGUGCUUGACAAAACCUCAUUUUAAAUAAUGGUGUUGACUUAUGACAGUAUGUUAGAGAUACUUGAAGAUGAUGACUUGGUUUGACAUGCUAGUUAGUAGACAAAAAAUAAUAUUACUAAUGACUUAUGUCAUUUUAAAUUCAAGCCGUUUAACACUGUUGUGUCAAAGUUAUCUCUUAUCUUUAAAAAAAGGGCUUUCUGUAUGACGAUUACUUGUAUAUGAAUAUAGUAUAUAGAAUUAUUUAGAGUUCUUGAAAGCUGCCAAAUCAGAGUCCAGCGCCAGAAUCUAACCCUACAGAACGUGACAGUAAAUGUUUAUCGACAGAAACGUUAUUUUACAAAGUAUCACUUGAAGUCAUUAACAGUUUGAGUUGAGCUGAUUAUCUGAGUGUUGCAUUAGGGCUCAGUGUUUGCUGUUUGAGGGGAACCUGUUGAAGAUUUUUUUUAUUGUAUCCUCAGGGGAAAAUCUUGUUUCAAAAAUGUAUACAUCUACUGUGAGGACACUUUCAGAAAAAAUAACUACUUGAAGUUGCAAAUGUUUAGGUACUGUUUCUCUUAAAGCCAACGUCUGUAGGAAGAAACUGACCGGCAGAGCUGGUUGUAAAAGAGAAAGGUGCAGCUGUCACAUGAAAACAUCCACUUCUCUCUCUCUUCUUUGUCUUACCUUCACUAAUAAUUGAAAUUCCCAACUCGUUUUGCUGGACCAUAUAUUGUCCCCUUUUUUGUUAUCUGACACAAUUUUAUGCCAUUAAUAUAAUGACAAUGUAAUAGUAUUAUAAUGCAAGUACACCCUUUUAAAUAAAUAACCCUUUGAGACCUGGGCAAGUUGGCUUGACUUCUUUCAAAAAUAU